GAUAAGCAUCAUCUGGACCGAGUGCGCGUAAAAGUGCAGCGGCGGCGCAAACGCUCAACUUGGCGCAGAGGCACGAGGGAAAGGCGCCUGGGUCCAGGCGGGUAGGAAGCUCCAGCUGCUGCCGGGAGAGGGUCUCGAGAUGGGAGCGUUCAGCCGACAGAAGUUCUUCCAGGAGCUGGCUCAUGGCUGCCUGCUGCCCACAGCCCAGCAGGGCCUGGAGCAGGUGUGGCAGCUGCUGGUGAUCUGCCUGCUGUGCCGGCUUCUCUGGAUGUUAGGCCUCCCCCACUUCCUGAAGCACCUGGGCACCGUGGCCGGGGGCUUCUACGCUCUCUACCUGUUCUUUGAGCUUCACAUGAUCUGGGUGGUGCUUCUCAGCCUGCUCUGCUACCUCUUCCUCUUCCUGUGCCGCCACUCCACCAUGAGAGGCACCUUCCUCUCCAUCACCGUGCUCAUCUACCUGCUGUUGGGAGAGCUGCACAUGAUGGACACCACCAACUGGCACAAGAUGAGAGGUUCACAGAUGGUGGUGGCCAUGAAAGCCAUCUCUCUGGCCUUCGACCUGGACAGGGGCGUGGUGUCCAGUGUCCCCUCACCCAUCGAGUUCAUGGGCUACAUCUACUUCGUGGGCACGGUCAUCUUUGGUCCCUGGAUCAGUUUCAACAGCUACAAAGAAGCUUUGGACGGACGUAGGCUGAGCUUUUCGUGGUUUUUCAAAGUGUCUGCGAGCUGGGUGAAGAGUCAGGUCUGCCUGGUUGUUUCAAACUGUGUGGCACCAUACCUCUUCCCUUAUUUCAUUCCUGUUUACGGAAACAAGCUACUGCGAAGUAAAAAGAGGAGGAAGAUCAGAGGAACACUGGCAAAGUGGUUGCUGGCGUAUGAGAACACCAUGUCUUUCCACUUCAGCAGUUACUUUGUCGGGUACUUCAGCGAGACCACCGCCACUCUGGCCGGGGCCGGCUUCACGGAGGAGAAGGACAACCUCAAAUGGGACAUGACCGUGUCCAAGCCCCUGAGUAUAGAGUUCCCCCGGUCGAUGGUGGAGGUGGUGACGUCCUGGAACCUGCCCAUGUCUCGCUUCCUGCACACCUAUGUUUUUACGAGUGCUCUCAAAUUUGGGACUUUCUCUGCCAUCAUGGUGACGUACACAGCCAGCGCUCUUCUGCAUGGUUUGAGCUUCCACCUGGGAGCAGUGCUGCUCUCCCUGGGGUUCAUCACGUACAUCGAACACGUGUUGCGGAAGAGGCUCGCAGCCAUUUUUAACGCCUGCGUGCUGUCGAAGAAGUGUCAGGCAAACUGCACCCAUCGAAACAAAAAGGAGCUGUGGGUCUAUAUGAUCAACCUAGCAUUCAGCGCCUUGGCACUACUCCAUCUGACGUACCUGGGCUCUGUGUUCAACUCCAGUGUGGACUACAUGGAGGAGGAUGAGGACGAUAUCACCCACCAUACCAUUCAGAAGUGGUCGGAGCUGAGCUGGACGAGCCACUGGGUGACGUUCGGAUGCUGGAUCCUGUACCGCCUGGUUCUCUGAUAACAGCAGAGCAGUGACCGGGUGGGGAAAGCAAUAAUGAGAGACAGAGUCCGGCUGGUUCUCCACUUCUGAACUGUGACUCUAUCCUGCUUCACACCGGAGAGAACAGAUUCAAACCUGCAGCGACGCUGGCCGGUUGAUCUCUGAGUUAAACCUGCCCCCCACCCCCCCACUCCUCUCCUCCUUGUCCCCACAUCGCCUCCUUCUCCUUGUUUGGUUUUGUUUUAUCUGAGCUGCAGUUAUCGAGCCGUCGUGUUGUGACAGCAGUUACCAAUGUCUCACUGUGAGUCACAAUCAAUACCUAUCAGCAUGGAGGAGAUCUGCUGCUCCUUUCUGUGGACGCACCGAUAGAGCCCGUUAUCUUUUCACCACGGGGCCGCGGCUCAUGUCCCUCCGGGUGUGGUCUCCUCUUCUCCUCCAGGGUUUUACAAUCAUUAGUUUUAGGUCAGAAAGGUUGAAUUUGACUGUGUUCUUAUAGUCAACGACAAAUCCCCAUUAAAAAAAUUUAAACGGCACAACUUUCAAAAACGGUCUGACUCCUCCAGAUUGUCUGCGUGUGGCCCAGAGCCCCAGGCCUGUUCACUCCACUUCUGUUUUUCUAGAAGGGUAAAUCGUUUCCUUAACAGCUGGCCACUGUGCUUUCCUAGCAAAACAUAACCCGACAGGAUUAAAAGAGAUUUCUACGGAACCAUUUUCAGUCAGAGAUCGAUAUGUUUGGCGCUCUGGUGAUUCUGGACGGCUGCAGAAUUUGAGAAUGAGCGAUUCCUGCUCCAUCGGCGAUGAAAGAAUCUGUCGCCCAGUGUGACGGUGGCUCAUUGAUGUUUUACACAACAACUGGCAGAUUAAUAAUUCACAUCAAACCGAGGCUGUGGAAACAACAGCGUCCACAGAGUCAACGCAUUGUUGGAUUUGUCCUUUUUCUUUUUUCUUCUUGGGAUUUGUUUGCCGUUAGAGAAAUAGAGAUUGUCACCACGUUUAUCCUCUAGCAGAGCAUGUGUACGAGAAAGAUUUUACUUAUGAAAAAGCACAGGUUGUUGUUAUGAGGCAGCAAUUUUUUUUAUCACCAAUAAUAAUAAGAAUAAUGUCUUCCCCUCUUUUUGUGAAUUUUAGAUAAAGACAAAUCAUCAGUAAAUCUAUGAAUUCAUCCUUGUGGUGCGGUUUCCUAAUAGUGUUUGUCUAUUGUUUUGUGUUAUUUUAAUUAUAAUUAAACUUAGUCUUACUAGUGGUUGUGAACCAAACUCUUUCCCUCUUCAGUAUUGAAAAUCAAAGGUUUAGAAUCAGGGUACUGCACAUGUGUCACUGUUGAGCAAACAUUGUUUAGACCUCCCUUCCAGCUUCAUAACACCAGAUUGAAUUACACAUGAUAUUGAAUAUUUAUCCUCAAAGUGCAGAUUGUUAUGACACUGCUGCUUUCACUGGUGCGUUUCUGUCACUGAUGAAGGAACCUGAGCGUCUGUAUCAGAUUCUGAUUCUGUCUCUUGUCUUUCUUUAAUUCAGAACGUCAAAGGAUUCACUUCUUGACUGAGAUGUAGUGUUUUAGAUCAGAGCCUGGAUGUUCAGUCUCUUCAGACCGGAUUCCCCUCAAAGUGUUUUAAAUGCUAUUAUAACAUUAACUUUCAGAUUUAUUCUCUCCCUGUAAAUGUGAAGGCACUGAUACA